AUGACGACAACAAGUGUCCCCGACAAUGCCGUCCAGAUGCAGAGCAAUUUUACCAGGGAGGAUCAUAUAGACUCUGAGACCUGCUCAGUUGAAGAGGCUCAACAGUACCCCACCGGGUGGAAGUUCUGGCUUAUCAUCCUCACGAUGAGUGCCUUAGUUGUUCUUGGAGGGCUGGAUACCAAUAUUGUCGCCACUGCAGUGCCUCGUAUAACCGAUCAUUUCCACACAGUUUCUGAUGUAGGCUGGUAUUCCUCGGCAUUCCGACUUUGUUCUUGCGUAUUCCAGUUUAUCUUCGGCAAACUAUAUAAACUAUUCUCGAUCAAGCGUAUAUUCUUACUCGCCCAGGCGAUCUUCUUUGUGGGCUCCUUGCUCUGCUCCACAGCCGCGACCUCGUCCAUGUUUGUUGUUGGAAGGGCCGUGACUGGGGCGGCCUUUGCGGGCAUCAUUGGGGGACUUUUCACUAUUCUUGUGUAUAUCCUGCCUCUCCAUCGACGGCCAUUCUUCUGUGGCCUUUUGGGGAUCAUUGAAAGUGUGGCUAUUCUUGCUGCCCCUAUUGUUGGCGGACUUCUUGCUCAAUCACUUGGUUGGCGGUGGUGUUUCUGGAUUAACCUACCGAUUGCAGGGGUCACGCUUUUGAUGACGAUCUUCUUGUUCUCGGACCCAAAGCCCAGCAACAUAAACAUGACUUUCAGGGGAAAGUUGGUUGAAGUUGACCCCAUAAGUAACCUGCUCUUUAUACCAGCGCUGACCAGUCUUUUUAUCGCGCUUUCCUGGGCCGGCACAAAAUAUCCCUGGAACAACGGCAAAGUUAUUGGCCCUCUUGUCACUUUUGUGGUCCUUAUCCUUGUUUUCUUAUACAAUCAACGCCGGCGCGGUGAUACUGCUGCUUUACCGCCCCGUGUUCUAAAAGACCGGAAUGUGAUUGCCAGCGCUAUCUUUACAAUGUGCACCAAUAGUGCCUCAUAUGUGCUUGAGUAUUACUUACCUACCUAUUUUCAAGUUAUCCGCGAGUACUCUCCUAGUAGAAGUGGCUAUAUGAUGGUCCCAAUCGUGAUUGGUGCCACUAUUGGAAUGCUUCUCUGUGGGUCAGGGACUACAACACUUGGCUACUAUACACCGUUUAUGCUUUGUUCUUCUAUAUUGAUGCCUAUCUUUGCGGGCCUUAUUACAACUAUUGGAGUUGAUACAAGCUUUGUACAACUUAUCCUAUAUUCUGGUGUCUAUGGCUUCUCGAGUGGAUUAGGUUUCAAUGCGCCUAUCAGUGCUGUUCAAACAGUACUGCCUACUGAUGAUGUCUCACUAGGCCUAUCUAUUGUACUCUUCGCACAGCACUUUGGUCCUGCCAUAUCUGUCGCGAUAGCUCAAGUUAUAUUUACAAAUCAACUCUCAACAAACCUGGCCGGAGUAGUCCCAGGUCUGAAUCCCGCGACUAGUGAAGACAGCGGGCUGUCGGAAAUUAGUGAAACGUGGUAUCUCGCUGUUGGACUUACAUGUGCGACGUUGAUUGGGAGCUUGAUGAUGGAGUGGCGGUCUGUCAAAAAGAAGAACACUUAA